CCUGCAAUGAGGGGGCUCCGGUACCGCUACCAGCUCCUGCCCGACCAGGACGAGAAGCUGCCCAUGGGAUGCGAGGACCCAGCUGGAGAGGGACAGCAGGGCUGGGAGGGAGCCCCGGCAGCAGCCGAGGAGGAGCCGUGCAGGCUGGUGCUGAGCACACCCAGCAGCAUCCUGCGGGACAGGGAGCUCGAGGAGCUGGGCGCCCAGCUGCCCCCGCGGCUGACGCAGCAGCCCUGGCACCUGCUCUACGCCACCGGGCGGGACGGCUUCAGCCUGCGGACGCUGUACCGGAGCGAGGCCCGGCCGGACUCCCCGGCCCUGCUGCUCAUCAGGGACACGGAGGCGCAGGCCUUCGGUGCCUUCUCCGCCAGCGCCAUUCGCAGCAGCAGCGGCUUCUACGGCACGGGGGAGACCUUUCUCUUCUCCUUCUGCCCCGAGCUGAAGGUGUUCAGGUGGACAGGCAGGAAUGACUUCUUCGUGAAAGGGGAUGUGAAUCUGCUGAUGGUCGGUGGGGGCAGCGGAAGGUUUGGGCUGUGGUUGGACGGGGACCUGCACCACGGGGGCAGCCAGCCCUGCGAGACUUUCGACAACGAGACCCUCUCACAGCGGGAGGAGUUCUGCAUCCAGGAUCUGGAAAUGUGGGGUCUGGCCUGACCCCAACAAAGGCACCCAAGGAAAAAGGUGUUGGAGAGUGGAUUCUUUGGACUAAUGUCUCCAGUACAGCUGUUCCUGACUGCACCCGCAAAGCCUGCGGGAUGAUACCAGCUUCACCCCCUCCUCCUUUCACCUGUUCCCAAUAAUAUCCCAGUUUCAUGGGGAAAGAACAGCCGGUGGGGGCAGCAUGAUUGGAAUAAACAGCAGUGGGGUCUCGGGCCUGCAGGGUUGCUGCGCUGUGGCUGGGGAGCCCAGAGUGUGUGCAUGGGCCCACAAUGGCAUAGCACAACGAACCCUAAACCUAACUCUACUCCUAGCCCCAACCCUAACCCUAAGCCCAACCCCAGGAGGAGGGCACGUGGCAGAGCUGGGCCCGGCAGGAGAAGGAAGCUUCAAGAGCAGUGACACUUCAGGACUGAGCAAGCCCAGGCAGCCUCUGCCCCUGGGGCUGGCUCUGAGAGACCACACAGUCACCAUUCCUCAAUAAACUUCUCCUGGCCUCAUCCUUG